UACCAUAUUUAGCUCUUCAAAAUCCAAGUAAAUUCUAUUAUGUCCAGAUUCUUUUGAGCCUUUUUUUUCUCAGGCCAAAAAAUUUAGCAAUAAGGAGAGAUGGCGGCACAAAAGAGAAUCGAAGCAAUAUUAGAGAGGCUGUUUCCGGAAUCUCCGACCACCGCCACCACCAAAUCCAAGCCUAAUAAUAGCGAUAAUAAUCAUCAUAAUAAUAACGGCUCCUCUGCUUCCACCACCACCAGUAGUGCUGAUGGAGUUCGGUGGUUGAAAGGCAAGAAACGGCCGAAUGUAUCCUCUGCAUUGGGCAUACUUGGUCCAAAAUCGAGGUUAAAUCCAACUGAGGAAAUGCAGGUGUCAUCCGGUUCAAGUGGUUCAAUACAAGCUCCAUCUUGCAGACCAUGGGACCGUGAUGAUCUAUUUAGGAGGUUGUCUACUUUCAAGUCCAUGACUUGGUUUGCUAAACCACGGACGAUUAGUGCAGUGAAUUGCGCUAGGAGGGGUUGGAUCAAUGUGGAUAUGGAUACCCUUGCCUGUGAAUCAUGUGGUGCACGUCUUCUUUUUUCUACUCCAUCGUCUUGGACACAGCAACAAGUUGAGAAGGCAGCCUUGGUAUUCAGUUUGAAGCUAGAUACUGGGCACAAACUACUUUGCCCAUGGGUGGACAAUAUCUGUGACGAAAAACUUGCAGAGUUUCCCCCGAAGCCAACUGCUGUUUUAGUUGAUGACUAUAAAAAAAGGUGUUCAGCUUUAUUGCAGCUUUCAGCUCUCCCAAUCAUUUCACCUUCCGCCAUUGAUUACAUAAGAAGCCCUCAGCUGGAGCAAUUUUUUGGAGGACGUUCAGGUGCGGAGAAGAAUAAAUCUGCUGAUGCUAGUAGAAGUCUCAUAAAUAACCCUCCUUCAGCAUCUUCUGCUUCAUACUAUCAGGCACAAAAGCUAAUCAGUCUUUUUGGCUGGGAAUUUCAUUCAUUACCUUAUAUUGUUGAUUGCAAGGUUGGAAAAGAAGAUUCUAGCAACAAUGUAAAUUUGGCAAAUCAACCUCAUCUAGCCUCUGAUAAGCUUAAUCUGAGUGUCAUCUGUUCCUCUGCUAAAGGGGUUUUGGAGGCUGAUAAUGAUUCUCAGGCUUCUGAGAGAGUUCUCUAUGAACCCAAUUCCGUUGUCUUUGAGUGCAGGCUUUGUGGUGCUAGUAUUGGUUUGUGGGCUUUUUCUUCAGUUCCACAACCUAUAGAGUUUCUGAGGUUGGUUGGAUAUACUGAAGUUGAUGGUCAAAAUGAUACUCCCCAAUCCAAGAAUAGUGCUCCUGGGAGCUCCUUUUCCAGCAAUGAGGGUCGUAAUGAUUUUGCGGCUUCUACAUCUUCAAAUGAGAAAACAUGUACUUUGAAUUUGACAAUUGCUGGUGGUCCUCCACCUGCAAAGCAAAAUUAUAGAGCGACUAUAUCUUUGCCUCUGAUUGGACGGAAUUUGAGAGCUCGAUUUUCCACCAACUAUAUGGUCGGUAAAGACCAAGAAAUGGCAUUGGUGGAAGGGAAUACAUCGCAACAGGCAAAUGAUCAAGUUGGUGAACCAGUUUCCAAUAAUGAAAAACAACUUGAAAACAUGGAGGUUGUAGGAGGAGGUUUGGGUAGUGCUGACAUGCUAGUAAAAAAUGUGGGUAGUGCCGAGACAGUUGAUUCUGUAGUUGAGGACUGUAACAGGUCACAAAUUGGGGAAUUUUCCAGCUGUAAUGUCAAAAAUAAUGUUGGGAUGGUCGUUGAGACUGCCACAUGCAAAAAUGACAACUUGCCAGGUGAUAAGGAAAGUAACAAUGCUGUGGAGUCUGGAGGGCAGGCUGGGGAGUCUGGAGGGCUGGCUGGAGACAGCAAUGUUCCUCACACUAGUUUGGGAAGGAAUCCAGAACAAGAAUCACUGCACAACUCGAUGGAGUUCGAUCCGAUCAGGCAGCACAAACUUUUUUGUCCGUGGAUUGCAUCCAUUGGUAAUUCUACUCCUGGAUGGAAACAAACUCUGUCUGCUUUACAACGCCAUAAAGAAUUCUCGGAGUCCUUUGCUGAAAAUCCACCAUCUUCCUUAAUUGAGGUGGAUGAUCCAAUUGCUUCAAUCAGACAGCUUUUCAGUUCCCCACCUGUAAAAAGAACGAAGCAUACUCAUGCGAGCUAGUGCCUGGGAUAGUGUUGACUUUGCAGCAUGUCAAAUGAUUGUGAGAUUGCAGAGCUAACAGGAAAGCACACUCACGUAUGCAUACUUAGCUUUUCUAGUUUUUCUUGCCUACUUGAAUUUAAAGAUUUCCUUUUAAGGAUGAGUGUAAUAGCUUUUCAUUAUUUUCAGCUUGUUGCGAUUGCAGCUGUACUGUCCAUGUAUGCAUAACUCCAAUUUAUGACAGCACAAAAAUUUACUGAGAAUCAUCAAUGUGAAAGAAUUUCCCCGCA